UGCGCGAUGUUUGGCGCCUCGUAGAGAAAAGAGGUGGUCCGGAGGCCGUGCGGUUGCUACGGGCAACGGAGUUCCUCACCUGUUGGGUGCUAGAAGGAUGCCUUUGGUCAGUGGAUUGGUGCCAUCGCGAUUCCUGACUCUCACAGCACACCUUGUCAUUGUUAUCACCAUCUUCUGGUCCCGGGAGAACAAUGUCCGAGCUUCCCUACCCUUGGAGUGCACCCUGCAGGACUAUGAGAAACAAGACACAGAGAUGGUGGUGGCCUUGUCCGUAACUCUGGGGCUCUUUGCUGUCGAGUUGGCUGGCUUCCUUUCUGGUGUUUCCAUGUUCAAUAAUGCGCAAAGCCUCCUCUCUUUGGCUGCUCACUGCAGUGCCUCCAUCUGCCUUUCUUUCUUCGUCUCUGAGCGCUGGGAGACAGUCACAUACUGGUAUAUCAUGAGCUUCUGCAGUGCUUUACCCGCUGCUGUUGAGAUCCUCCUUUUCAUCUCGGUCUUCGGGCUGAAGAAGAAGCCCUUAUAAGGGACUUUGUUUCUGAAGAGGGAGACCGUCUGCCCUCAGAAAAGAGGGAAAGAAAAGUGUCCUGGCUGCAGCUCGAGAGUAUGAGGGAUAUGCCCUUCGGGGGUGGACUGCGUGGCCUGCCCUGACUUUUGCUCUUCAGCUUUUAGACCCUUUCUCUGGGGACAGCGGUCUGCUGUGCCGUACUGGCUCCCUCCAGUGGCGGUUUGGUGGUAUUGCAUCCUGUGACGUACCCACACAACGAACCUGCCCUUGUCCACCUUCUGCUGCUGCAUCUGCGGAGCCAAACUCUCCGCUUGGGAAGAGAUGGAGUAAAUGCAGGAGGUGGACAUGACUUACCCUGGAAAACAAACAAGGCGGUAUAUAGAAUUACCUGUUUGUAUUGCUGUGUAAGCAAGUGUGGUAGAUGAUUCUGUGUACAGAAAACCACCUUACCAUUUUUUACUUUAAUAAAACAGC